CAACCAGCCGGGGGACGCCACAUCUCAACUUUUUUUCUGUAUGCGGUGGGGGUUUCUGCACUUUGGAGGCGCCCCAGACUGAGGAGAUUUAACGCAAAAGUCCCCUGAUUCUUUUCUUUAUUUAUACUUUCUUGUUAUUGUUAUUUUGUCCUCUUUUUUUUUAAAAAAAAAGUGUGAAAUAUCGCAAGGGGGGACGUAGACAUGCCUCAGCUCAGCAGCGGCGGCGGGGACGACCUGGGAGCGAAUGAUGAGAUGAUAUCGUUCAAAGACGAAGGAGAGCAAGAGGAGAAAAUCCAAGAAAAUGCGUUCACGGAGAGAGACCUGGCCGACCUCAAGUCCUCUCUGGUGAACGAGUCGGAAAUAAAUCAAAGUCCGAGCGCAGCGGCGGUCAGACGGGGACAGCAAGGCGAGCAGAGGGGCUUCGCAGAGAAACACCGGGAGCACCUUGACGGUGUGUCGAAGCAGCAAGAUGGAGGCAUGUACAAGACACCGGCGUAUCCUGGGUAUCCAUUCCUGAUGCUGCCUGACCCCUACCUCCCCAACAGCUCAGUUUCUCCAUCUUCCAACAAAGUGUCGGUGGUGCAGCAGUCUCAUGGGAUGCACCCGCUGACGUCCCUCCUGCCCUACAGCAACGAACACUUCAGCCCGAGUCCUCCACACCUGCCCACAGACAUGAGCCAGAAGACAGGCGUUCACAGGCACCAGUCCCAGGACCUCUCAGGGUACUACUCCCUCCCUCCAGGCGGUGUUGGCCAGAUCACUCCCUCCAUGGGCUGGCAGAGCCAGCCAGUCUAUCCUGGCCUGUCCCCCUGUGGAUUCAGGCAACCCUACUCCUCCAACCUCCCCAGCGCCUCCUCCUACUCCAGGUUCCCUCACUCUCUGAUGUUGGGCCCAUCAGGCAUGCAUCCUACAGGGAUCCCCCACCCAGCCAUAGUGCCCCCUACAGGCAAACAGGAGCACGACCAGUAUGACAGGGGCAUGUACGUGAAGCAGCAGGUGGAGCCCAAGCGGGAGAAGGAGCCCAAGAAGCCGGUCAUCAAGAAACCCCUGAACGCCUUCAUGCUCUACAUGAAGGAGAUGAGGGCGAAGGUCAUCGCAGAGUGCACGUUAAAGGAGAGCGCCGCCAUCAACCAGAUUCUGGGGCGGAGGUGGCAUGCGCUGACCCGGGAAGAGCAGGCCAAGUACUACGAGUUGGCCAGGAAAGAGAGACAACUCCACAUGCAGCUCUACCCGACCUGGUCUGCCAGGGACAACUAUGAGGCGGGCCUUAGCGGGGUCGCAGGGGAAAAGAGUAAAGCUGAUUGGGGCAAGAAGAAGAGGAGAAAAAGGGAGAAGCAACAGGACUCCAACACAGAUAACUCUCUCUGACUGUUCCUAGGAGGAAAAAGAAGUGCAUUCGCUACCUUCAAGGAGGAGGCUGCCCCAGCCCAACUUCUUCAGAUUUAAGUGCUAUAGAC